AGGUGCUCUUUCCGUUUCCGGUUCCUAGGUUUAGUCACCGAAAAUGGCUGAUGGUAGCUGGAGCCUUUUCGAAGAAGAUGAAGUUUGUAGAAAAACGUCCGAUGGUUCGUUCAUGUAUGGCAUUGUAACUAAGAAUUCCCUUUAUAUGAGCAGUGAUGAGGAAGAGGAGGACGAGGAUCGCCUAGAGAAGGGGAAAGUCCGUGUAUCAUGGCAUCCGUCUGGCAAAGAAUCUGUCGUCUCGGAGAGCGAGUUAAUACUGACUGACCGAUCAUUAAUGCCAGGGGAUGUCAUCAGAAGGUUUGAGGAGGGUGCCAAAAGUCAGAGGGGCUUUGUCCAGGACCUGAUGGGGAAGUGUCACAUCCAUAUAAGGGGCACCAACAAAUUCCUGUAUAAUGUCAACAGCAAAGAUUUAUGCAGCAUGAAAGUUGAAGAGAUUGCAAAAAGGCCCCUGAGUAACUCAUUCUGUGAUGUUGUGAUGGACUCCUGGGUUGGUAAAGUAGAGAGAGUAAACGAGGAGCUGAUUCUCAAGUUUCCAGAUGGAGCUCUGUGUAAAGUACAAGACACGGAUCAGCUGGAUGAUUUUGAACCAGUCAAAGACCAUUACAAGUCCCUAUGUAGCAGUGAUACAUUCCUUUACAAAGGGCUGGUAAUGAAAGGGACUAUAGGAGAUCUCAGUGAUGCUGUCUGGUUAUCCACCACUCAUAAACACGGACCAAAGGCUAUAAAAAAAUCACCAAAUCAUACGGUCACUGUACGCAUUGAGGAGGCAAGGCUAAAGUCAGUGGAGGUGUACUGGAUGUGUAGAGGAUUUACCAAGUCAGAUAACCCCCUCCUGAGAAUGACACCUCCUCCCUCCCUAGUUCAGGAGCCAGACCUCCAAAGGUUACAGAUUUUAGAUUGGUUUUCACACUGCAGUCUGCAGAUUGGUGAUUUUGCUCAGUAUGUCAUUAAACCUAGUGAUGAUCUCUCUGACAUUCCACCCAAACUAAGCUUUAUACCAGAUAUUUUACUAAACAAUCCAGUAGCUCAAAAUGAAUUGGCAGAAAGUCAGGUACAUGGAACUAAAGAUUACACUCCUGAUGUAAAGACAGAGGCCAAGGCUUUGGUCAAUGGAGAGGUUCCUAAUGAAGCAGCAGGAGCGGAGGAUGAUGAAUACGAAGAUGUUGAAACGACAGAGUCGGAAACCGAGGAAGAACAAGUUCAGAAAAAACACUCGUCAACCCGCAAUAGGCAUAAAGGAAGAAAGGGACGUAAAUCUGGGGGAAAGAAAGGAGCCAAAAGAGCGAAGCAGACUGUGAAGUUUGAACCAGAAAUCCCCAAGUGUUUACCCGGGGAGAAGGUGGCUGUAGGGGUGUGUUAUACCUUCUCCUUGGCAACUGUCAUGUGGCAGGACGGCACUAUGGAAUCAGACAUUCCCUCCCCUGUUCUCUUCCCCAUACACUACCUUGAUGAGCUGGAAUUCUUCCCUGGAGAUUAUGUUGUAGAUGCCAAGGAAGUUGCAUUGAAGAACUGUGACUAUGGUGUAGUUGUGAGCUGUAAUCACAAAGAGAGGACAUGUUUUGUCAAAUGGAUCAAGACGGUGGAUAUAUACAAAGGAGAAAGGCCGGAGGAGAAUGUUGAGCCAGUAGAGGUUAGUGCAUAUGACCUCAAAGAUCACCCAGAUUUCAAAUUCAGACCCGCCCAAACAGUGAUCAGAGUCAUAGAUAUACAGGAGGAGGGCAAGGAAGCAGUGGGGCAGAUCCACAGUUUGGACCCUCAGGGUGCUAUUUAUGUCCGUUGGCCCUCAGGAGAGAUCACAAGAUGUUACCCUCAGGAACUUUAUAUUGUUGGGGAUGAGAUGAGCGAGUUUGACAGCUCGAGCUGGUCCACAGAGGAGGAGGAAGAGACAGAAGAGGAUGAUGACUCCAACAUGAGCUGGGAAACUGAGGAUGAGGAAGCUGUGAGCUCUGAUGAAAUAGCUGAUGGAGGCAUUUCUCUGAUGUUUAUAACAAAGGAAAAGAAAGAGGAGCUGGAUGCACUAAUGUCAAGAGCUCAGACAGCCCUGGAGAACUUACAGAAAAUAUUUUUUACAUACACUGGAAAGAUCACUAUUACCUAUAGAUAUCUAAGGGACAUAAUUGCUGUUUAUAAACGCUGUCAGGAUCUGGAAAAAAUCCUCAAAUCUCACUUCUUUGAGGAUGUGGAGCUUACAAAUUUGCUGGAGGAAAUUCGAUCCUUGAUGUAUGACGAGAAGAGAAAUGAACUGAAUGAUCGUUUGUUGAAAAUAUACGAAAAACGAAAAGGAGGAGGAAGCAUGGAGUCCCCCAGUAAGGAGGAUUCAUCUGUUUCACAAACUCUAGAAGAUUACCCCUCUCAUGUGUUCCUAGAGACCAGCAAACCCAGUAGUCCUGACACAGAGCUGACACAGCUGGCUAAUGCUAUAGUGCAGUCAGUGAUGAAAACUUUCACAGCCUCACAAGUGCAAAACCAAGAAGCCAGGGUGGAGGAAAAUGCAAAUUUACCAAAUGGAGAUAUAGACAAUCCUUGUCUUGGUGCAACUUCAGCAGAUUUUAUACCUAAAACAGUGAACACUAGCGAGGAAACAGCUUCAAAUACAACAUCUAAUGGUGAACCGGAAAAGUGGCAGGUGCACCAGGAAGGCUUGAAUGUAUCAAAUGAAACAAAAGAGUUGAAUGUGAGUCAGGAGUCAGGACUGGAAGUCAGUGACUGUGAUUCAGGUCUAGGGGAAUCCAAGGGGAGUGGGGCCUCCUUAGAUAGGGAUAACUGGGUGUCAAAACAGAAGAAGAAGGAGGAGGUCUGUAAGAGGUUCUGUCAGCUGAUGCUGGUCCAGAUGGUCAAGAUACGAGGAGAGAUCGGGGAAAGAUGGGAAAAAACCAAGGAGUGGAUGGGCAAGGAAUGUGAUAAAUGUGAACAGAACAGACGGACAGACAAACCAGAGAAUGAAGAAUCUCCAGGAGCCAGGCUGGUAGAAGAGCUUGAUUUGGCAUUUAAUCCAGAGUCAAAUUGUGUGGAGUGUGAUCAGGCGGAGACUCAGGAAGAGACAGCAGACAUAUCAGACCAUAGAGAGGAGGUGGAGACCUAUAAACAAGCCACUUCUGUCACACAGGGCUUUCAGAUGUGUGAGACAGCACCAUCUACACAUAAUUUUGCAAGUAAAGUGUACUCCCCACAGGAUCCCAAGUCUUUCCUAAGAGCUGUCAGAAAAGAGUACCAGCUACUCCAAAGUAACCUACCAAAUGGAAUUAUAGUGAAAGGAUUUGAAGACAGAAUGGACCUGUUUUCUGUGAUGAUAAUUGGGCCUCACGGUACCCCCUAUGAGGAUGGUCUGUUCUUUUUUGACGUCUUCCUCCCGGCUGACUAUCCGACGUCACCCCCUGUGUUCCACUACAUCUCGUACUGUACAGACAGACUGAAUCCCAAUCUGUACGAGGACGGGAAGGUCUGUGUCAGUCUGCUGGGCACCUGGGACGGAAAGGGAAGUGAAAUGUGGACAGCAAAAUCCAAUAUGCUGCAAGUCCUUGUGUCAAUACAAGGGUUAAUUUUGGUAGCAGAGCCUUAUUAUAAUGAGGCUGGAUUUGAGAAACAGCGUGGAUCUGUGAUUGGUGAUGAAAACAGCAAGAUGUAUAAUGAAAUGGCCAUCAUUAAACUAGUGCAAAGUUUGACACGAAUGAUAGAGAAUCCCCCACACAGUUUUAAGGAGGAGAUGAUUUCACAUCUCAAAGAAAAUGCUGAAAGAAUGAUCCAUCGAUAUGAGUAUUGGUUGGAGUCAUCCAUUGUUAACAAAGAUCAAGACAAUGGAGUACAUGUGAACUGUGACACUGCAGCUGACCCGUCCACUGGUGGUCAGUCCACAAACCAAGUGAUGGACACUGCACCUCCCUCAACACACCCGCAGCUGACCAAUAGUAAUAAAGAGGCGGGGCACUUCAGGCCGCCAGAAUUUUCUCUGUUUCCUCCCUCCAAGGGUUUCUGUAUACCCAUGAAAAAAUACUUGGAAACUUUCAAGCAGACAGUAAAAAAGAACAUCUUAUCUGAGGAUGCUGAGUCAACAGUUUCAUCAUAAUGGUCAAAACAUUCUCUAGUCCAAGUUUAACGGUUAUUUAUUUGUUAAAUAUUUCUGACAUGUAUUAUGCUGUGCAGGUUCAUGUAUACAUCUGAGGUGGUAGCAUUUUAUUUUUUUUUCUUUAAAUUUUGAUUAGCAGCUAUAAAGUGAUGAUAUUUGCAAUAUCCCAUUCUAAUUAUAUCAUGGUCCUCAGGCAAUUGAGGCAUUAAACCUCUAAAUUUAUAUAGUGAUGUGUUUCAUUAAAAUUAAAACCUAAGUGCUAAUUUUCUGCAUGAUUGUGUGCUAGUGCUGUAUGUUAUUGUUGAUGUUUACUAUGAACUGUAUUAUUUGCAAUUCUUUCUACGCUCUUGACAAGCUAGAAUCUUGUGUAAGAAUGUUGUUAUUAAAUCACAUAACAAUUUACCUUAUUUAAACUAUUGUCUUGUAUUUUGUUAUGGUGCCAAAUUUUUGUUUUGUGAUAAGAUUGUCAUCGAGCUAGAUGCUAUGUGGUUUCUACUAUUUGUUAUGAUGGCCUGCUGAGAUGUUUGACCUGUAUAUUGCUCGUGUUUCCCCCUCCCAGACUUUUUAGAAGUUUAUUCAGUACUCAUGAGAUUACACUUCUUGUUAAAUAAUUUACUUGUAUGUUGAUAUUUGUUAGGUAGUACAUAUAUCAGUUUAUAUACAGCUAAAGACCUGUAAAUUAAAAUAAGAUAUUAGUAUUCAUACAUAUACACUGUACUGUAUUUAUUACCAGUAGUCAUGACCAAAAAUUCCCAUUAGUUAGAACUAUCAAUGAAUUGCAUAAAAUAUUUUUUGUUUUACAUGUACAAGUCUUUCAUUUAUAUUGGUAUCCCCCCCUUCAAAGAAGGGAGGGCAUAUUGCUUUCCUGCUGUCUGUCGGUCCACUUAGUUUCUGUUCAUUUUCUUAACAACCAUAGCACAUACUGAAACGAAAUUUGGUUUACAGAUUUAUCAGAUGAGUACUGUAUCUAAGUCGAAUUCUGUUUUGGGUACAAUUGAGCCAUUUUUGACAGAGUUAGGCCCCUUGGACUUAAGAAAAAUUCUAAUUAUUUGCAGUUUCUGAUCAUUUUCUUUGAAGAGGUUGCACAUACUGAAAUGACAUUUGGUAUACAGUUUAUCAGAUGAAUAUCUAGGUCAAGUUUUGUUUUGCAUAUGAUCGAGCAAUUUGGGACAGAUUUAUGCCCCUUGGACUUAGAAAAAUUCCAGUUAUUUGGGGGAGGGGGGCAUAAGUGUUUUACAAGCAUCUCUUGUUAAAUAUAAUUUAAUGCAAGUACUCAAGGGAUUGUCAUUAAUUUAUAAACACAUACAUGUAGAAAUUAGUCAUUGUGAUUAUUCCAACCUCUGAAGUAAAUCUCUCAAUCUCUUUCAUCAUGUGUUUUAUUUCAGUAGAUUUAUCUAUAGGGAUGUACAGUAAAACAAACUCGUAAAGAAGUGCCAGAGACACAAUAUUUCUUUGUCAUAAACCUUAUUUCUUUUAUUUGACUUGUUCCUGAUACAUUUUAAUGCCACGAGUGAACCUCACUUUGCUGCAUGUCAAUUUUUAUAUAUUCUAAAUUAUACAAAAAAUAUUAAGCAUGUUUGCUUGAAGCAGGUUUAACUGUAUCCCUAUCAGCUUUGUCAUAUAUGGAUAAUUUGUAUAAAAUGGUCAUAUUACAAUGAAGCACUUUGAAGCUUGUGGAAUGCUAGUUUGUGUAACACUUAUUGAGGUAGCAUCCUUAUAAAUCCCAAACUUUAUGUUGUGCUCUGUAGUCAAGCAAUUGGUAACAUCGACUGAGGGAGAGAUACAUGUCCAUUUAUUUCCAAGGUUGUCCCUAAGACCUGGUGGCCAGGGAAUUUCAUCAACUAUAAUGAACAAAUCCCCAAAUUAUUCAGGAGUUCUUCCUCAACUCACUUUUAUGGGAGGAGAACUAGAGCCCCUUCUACUUUUUCAAUGCCCUCUAGUGUUAUUCCAGUUCCUAGGGACAACCCUGAUUUUGAAGUGCUAAUAUAACAAAGCUCUGACAACCUCUAUUUUUCCAGUCUUCUAUAAAAUUCAGUCUUCAUUCUGAAAUACAUGUGUAUUUUUCAAAUUUGAUCUUUCCUUGCUCCUGAUAUUUGGAACAAUUCUGGUCCAGUUAAAGCGAUUUCAUUUGAGAGGGUGGGGGUAUAAUUCUUUCAAAGGGAAACAAAUAAUAAAAAUAAACAUAUCACUCAGUAGGACCAAACUUGCUUUCUCAUAGCUUGAGGGUACUUUUGUGCAGCUUAUUCAGAAAUAAGGAUAAAUAUACAUCAUGUGCUGGUUACAUUUAAUGCAAUUUAUGACUACACUAGUCAUAAACUGAUGCCUGUAGUAUUUCAGCUCUUCUUGUCUUAGAUCAGAACUGCACUUCAAAAUUAUAUCUUUAAACAAUACAAAUUUGUAAACAGGGUAUAAAACCCAAUUCAAUUUAAUUGAAUUUAGUUGAGUGUUGAUUAAUAUACUUCCAUAUGGAACUUUUUUCCUCUGGAGAGAAAUACAAUAAAAUUUGUCUAAUCCAACCACCAAAAUUCCAAAGAAACUGGAUAAGACAGAAUUCUGGAUUAACCAUCUAAAACAAAAGAUAUUGCUAUAAAGGACCUUGAAGUAGAUAAGAUUUUGAAAUACAUAACAUCCAGAUUAUAUGCAUUUCAUUGAAAUUUAGCUUUAAGUGUAAAUUUUCCAAUCUUUAUAAUGCUUUAAUGAAGAGCAAGCAUUGUGUCAUAUAGGAAAGAGCAUGUGUUUUCUUUACCCGAGUUUUGGUGAAAGUCACAUAGCGCUUUUUUGUUUAAUGUCAAAUUCUGUUGGAUCUAUGGAUUGUUUAUAAAAUUUUGUUUAUUGCACCCUGAAAAUAAACAUUUUCUAGAGUAUA